UUUGACAAACGUCACUAACCUAUGAAAGUGUAAACUUGUGCAACACUUUAAAUGUGAAAAACAAUCGGAAAAAACGCAAAUCAAACUGUGAAAAUGGGUCCACCUAAACGCUACAGUAGCAAAGCUGAAGGAAAAUCAAAAAAACGCAAAAAGGAGGAAGAAGAAUGGACGUACGAAGAAGACGAUGUCAAUGAAUCUGAAGGGGCUGCUGUUCCGGGUGCUGCGGCCCGUGACGCUGAGAAAAACGACCAAAGCGUCCAAGAGGACGAAUUCGGAGCCAAAGACUACCGUUCUCAGAUGAUUCUAAAACCUGAUAACACGUCACGACCGUUAUGGGUCGCCCCCAAUGGUCAUAUUUUUCUCGAGUCGUUUUCACCGGUUUAUAAACACGCUCAUGAUUUUCUAAUUGCGAUUUCGGAGCCCGUUUGCCGUCCGGAGCACAUUCACGAGUAUAAACUAACGGCUUAUUCGUUAUAUGCCGCCGUGAGUGUGGGGCUGCAGACUAACGACAUAAUCGAGUAUUUAAACCGGUUGAGUAAAACGAGUAUUCCGGACGGUAUUGUCGAAUUCAUUAAACUGUGUACGCUAUCGUAUGGGAAAGUCAAGCUAGUUUUGAAGCACAAUAAAUAUUUCGUGGAGAGCCCCCAUCCGGAGAUUCUCCAAAAACUAUUGAAAGACCCGGUGAUUCAAGAAUGUCGUUUGAGGCGCAACGAGGAAGGGGACGAGUUUAUAACGCAGGUGCAAGAAAAGAAAAACAUUCCGAGCUUUGGUGCCAAACCAACCCCCGGUGACCAACCCGAUUCGAGCGCAGUCCCUGACGACAUUACAAAUUUCUACGACAAAAUCGACAACGAAGAAGAUGAAGAAGAAGCAACUCUUCAAACUGUCUCAUUCGAAGUCAAUCAGGAAAAAAUCGAAACAAUACAAAAACGUUGCAUUGAACUCGAAUACCCUUUAUUGGCUGAAUACGAUUUCCGAAACGAUACAAUUAACCCUGACAUUAACGUUGAUUUGCGCCCAGCGGCUGUACUUCGCCCCUAUCAGGAAAAAAGCCUCCGAAAAAUGUUCGGUAACGGACGGGCACGGUCGGGUGUUAUCGUGUUACCUUGCGGUGCCGGUAAAUCCCUGGUGGGCGUAACGGCAUGUUGUACGGUACGCAAACGAGCGCUGGUUUUAUGUAAUUCCGGUGUUUCCGUCGAACAAUGGAAACAACAAUUUAAAAUGUGGUCAACAGCUGAUGAUAGUAUGAUUUGUCGGUUUACUUCCGAAGCUAAGGAUAAACCAAUGGGGUGUUCCAUUCUCGUAACAACCUAUUCCAUGAUAACGCACACGCAGCGAAGGUCAUGGGAGGCUGAACAGACCAUGAAAUGGUUACAGGAGCAGGAAUGGGGGAUUAUGGUACUUGAUGAAGUUCAUACCAUUCCUGCCAAAAUGUUUCGACGGGUUUUAACUAUCGUUCAGUCGCAUUGUAAGCUAGGUUUGACGGCGACUUUACUGCGAGAGGAUGAUAAAAUUGCCGAUUUGAAUUUUUUGAUUGGUCCAAAAUUGUACGAAGCCAACUGGUUGGAGUUACAAAAAAGAGGGUUUAUAGCAAGGGUUCAGUGUGCUGAAGUUUGGUGCCCGAUGACACCCGAAUUUUAUAGAGAGUAUCUCGGUUGUAAAACAAGCAAGAGACUUUUGUUAUACGUCAUGAAUCCGAAUAAAUUCCGAGCUACGCAAUACUUGAUACGUUAUCACGAAAGAAGAGGUGACAAAACUAUAGUUUUUUCAGAUAAUGUUUUCGCUUUGAAACACUACGCCAUCAAGAUGAAUAAACCGUAUAUUUAUGGGCCCACCUCUCAAGGUGAAAGGAUUCAAAUUUUGCAAAACUUCAAAUUUAAUCCGAAAGUUAACACGAUUUUUGUGAGUAAGGUGGCUGAUACGUCCUUUGAUUUACCCGAAGCCAACGUUUUGAUUCAAAUUUCGUCACAUGGAGGGUCUAGGAGGCAAGAAGCCCAACGUUUAGGGAGGAUUUUAAGGGCGAAAAAAGGUGCAAUCGCUGAGGAAUAUAACGCCUUCUUUUACACUCUCGUAUCACAAGAUACAAUGGAAAUGAAUUACUCUAGGAAGCGACAGAGGUUUUUGGUCAAUCAAGGUUACAGUUACAAGGUUAUUACCAAGUUGGCAGGCAUGGAUGAAGAGCCUGAUUUGAUGUACAAAACGAGGGAAGAGCAGGGACAGUUGUUGCAGCAAGUUUUGGCUGCGAGUGAUAUCGACUGUGAGGAUGAGAAAGUUCCAGGUGAAGGUGGUAGAGGAGCUGGGGGCUCAGGGAAUCGCAGGACGGGACAAAUGGGGUCCAUGUCAGGAGCUGAUGAUGCCGUUUAUUACGAGUAUAAGAAGAAUGCGGCGAAUCAGCAUAAACAUCCAUUGUUUAAGAAAUUCAGAUAUUAAUAAAGUUUUUCAGUUCUG